AUGGCCACCACUGUGCUAAAAGCGCCACCUGCUUUCUGCACAACCGCCGACCGCAAUUCACCCCUCACGUCUCGUAAUUUCACUCGCGUUUCGUUCACUUCUAUUGCACAGAAAUGGUCUGUUAAACGAUGUCGUAUUUAUCACUCUAGCAUUACUAUUAUUAAAUUACCUCACCUCUCGCUUAAGAAGAAAUUCUUAAACUUCGCUUCCGACGGAGAAACUGCUGAAACGCAAACCGAAAUCCUAGAGAAAGACCCUUCUCAGGAAGUUGAACCCGAUAUUGAGAGCAGUUCAGAUGGUGGUAGUGGUGUCGAUGCUGCCAGCGAGGGUGACUAUGCAGUUGCAGAAGAAUCUGCUUCGGCUGUUAUAGCGUCACUAAAUUUGUACAAAGAGGCUUUGGCAAAUAAUGAUGAGGCAAAAGUCGCCGAGAUAGAGCUAUUCCUUAAAUCAAUUGAAGAUGAGAAAAUUGAUCUUGGGAGAAAAGUGGCUACUUUAUCUGAAGAAUUGUCAUAUGAAAAGGCUCGGAUUCUUAGAAUCAGUGCUGAUUUUGACAAUUUUCGAAAGAGAACAGAGACAGAACGACUUAACUUGGUAACAAAUGCACAAGGUGAAGUGGUGGAAACUCUGUUGUCUGUUUUGGAUAAUUUUGAGAGAGCCAAAUCCCAGAUCAAAGUGGAAACAGAGGGAGAGGAGAAGAUCCAUAAUAGUUACCAAAGCAUAUACAAACAGUUUGUGGAGAUUCUUGGAUCUCUUGGCGUUGUCCCCUUAGAGACUGUGGGGAAACCAUUUGAUCCCAUGCUGCAUGAAGCUAUAAUGCGCGAAGAUUCAGCAGAAUUUGAAGAUGGUAUUAUCCUUGAAGAGUACCGGAAGGGUUUCAAACUUGGUGAGAGACUCUUGAGGCCAUCAAUGGUGAAGGUUUCAGCCGGUCCAGGACCUUCAAAAUCCAAGACUGCCGAGCCAUUUGAAGAAGUGGAAGUCAAAGAAACUAGUGAGGAGGGCAGCCCUGAAGCCACAUCUGCUGAGGAAUAG